AUGCUGACGUGGAAGAAAUACCAUUGGAACAGCAGAAAGCAGGUAUUAGAUGCUUCGAGUAAUAAAAUGUCCUUCAAGGGAGCUAUCAAGCUAACGCUGCAAGUAUCCGACGGAAGGAAGGUGCGAAUCGCUUUGUUUGCCAUGUCCGGAGGAGACGGCAUGAUAGUUCUAGGAACAAAUGCACUUCAGAAGCUCGGCUACGGCCUCACCUACCAGCACCGAACAAUCGCGAGACGAAAACGCUACGUGUUCACUGUGAUGGCACGGCGCAGGAGGGAAUCUUUUAGUCCAAGGAACACCUGCUACCAGAUGUCGAGCAAAGAUUUUCCGAGUAGGGGAGAAGGUGGGAAACCAUCAAGCCUACCGGAAGUUGUGGAAGUGCAGCCUGUCAAAUACUCCGGAGACAUGUUGCAGCGCACCGUGGAGGUAACUGGAGAUCGUGAAGAAAAAUUGCUCAGGUUACUGCAAAGUAACAGGACAAGUGAGGAGUGCAAUGAAUCACUGGAGAAGCUUGUCAGGCAUUACGCUCAUGCUUUUGCAGUAAGUGAACAAGAGCUCACUCAAACAACGCUAGUGGAACACAGUAUUGAGACCGGUGAUGCAAUGCCCAUUCGGCAGAAAGCCCGUCCGGUGCCACUAGGCACGCGAGUGGAGCUACGACGCAUUCUGAAUGAUUUGCAAGAACGAAAGAUCAUUGAACCAAGUAAAUCGAGUUGGGCUUCGCCCAUCGUGUUGGUGCAGAAGAAGGACGGAACUCUCAGAUUAUGCGUGGAUUAUCGGAAGCUCAAUCAGGUGACAAGAGUUGACAUGGAUCUGGAGAGCUACGCACAGGAAGUGGCGGUGGCCACAAAGAUGGCGCGGGAAUAUGCCCGGAAAGAAAAUGAUAAAAUGCGCCGAAAGAUGAAAAUCGCAUACGAUCGUGAUAAGGGCUUACCACCUGGAGUCACAAAUAAACCCCUUAGGACGGCUACAACCCGUAGGAAGAGGGGAAGACCAAAAAAAGGUACCGAUGCUGUUACUGUGUCUGAGAAAGUUAUAUGUUGCAGGACGCUGAUCACCAUCGACCAUCCCGCUGAAUUUGCGUCGGAAGUGCGAAUGUGGAUUAUUCGACCAAUGGCGCAUGUAGCCAUCCCGACUCUCAAGCAUCCCGAUGGCUCGCUUCGAAAAGGGUGUCGGAUAUGUUCCAGCUGGCCAAUGUGGCCUCAAUUUCGGAAGAAGGAGUGUUGGGGAGACGAGCGUAAGGAAGGAGGAGUUGCGUAUGAAAAACUCGCCAAUUCCUGUCGCCGUACGGGCUGGCCCUGGCGAUGCAAGCACAUCGACGGAGAUGUCACAGCUAUUCGGAAGCCAUUGAAGCCGCGCAGGGGAUGCGUUUCGAGCAUCCGGCUUUGUUUCCAUGGGCCGUGA